GCCGGUGGAAAGUGUCGGCGGAUUUAGUGGGAAGCGGCUUCUGGACUUGUUGCCACGUCGGAUCAGUUUUUGAACCCGGUUAAUUCAUUAAACUAAAUAUAAAAUCAGGGAUAGUUUUGUGGAUCCGCCGCAGUCAUGGUUUCCGUUAUCAACACGGUGGACACCUCUCAUGAGGACAUGAUCCACGAUGCUCAGAUGGACUACUACGGGACUCGACUGGCCACCUGCUCCUCUGACCGCACUGUGAAGAUCUUUGAUGUCAGAAACGGAGGGCAGAUACUGGUAGCAGACCUCAGAGGGCAUGAGGGUCCCGUGUGGCAGGUAGCGUGGGCUCACCCGAUGUUUGGCAACAUCCUGGCUUCCUGUUCCUACGACCGUAAAGUCAUCAUCUGGAAGGAGGAGAACGGAGCCUGGGACAAGAUGUAUGAAUACACGGGACACGAGUCGUCAGUGAACUCAGUCUGCUGGGGUCCCUAUGACUUUGGUCUGAUCCUGGCCUGCGGCAGCUCAGACGGAGCCAUUUCCCUUCUCACGUUUACUGGGGAUCAGCAGUGGGACGUCAAGAAGAUCAGCAACGCACAUACUAUUGGCUGUAAUGCAGUGAGUUGGGCUCCUGCUGUGGUUCCAGGCAGCCUGAUCGACCAGCCGUCAGGACAGAAACCAAACUACGUCAAGCGCUUCGUCUCCGGAGGCUGCGACAACCUGGUCAAACUCUGGAAAGAGGAAGACGGUCAGUGGAAGGAGGAUCAGAAGCUGGAGGCUCACAGUGAUUGGGUGAGAGACGUCGGCUGGGCUCCUUCGAUCGGUCUUCCCACCAGCACCAUCGCCAGCUGCUCUCAGGACGGACGCGUGUUUAUCUGGACGUGUGACGACCCUGCAGGCAACACCUGGACGGCCAAACUGCUCCAUAAGUUCAACGACGUUGUUUGGCACGUCAGCUGGUCCAUCACUGGAAAUAUACUGGCUGUUUCUGGAGGAGACAACAAGGUGACGCUGUGGAAGGAGUCGAUGGACGGUCAGUGGUCGUGUAUCAGUGAUGUCAGCAAGGGCCAGGGAGCCGUCUCCACCAUUACAGACACACAGCAGACCGAGCAGUGACACACACACAUCAACACACACACACAACAAUGACCUUAAUCUUAAAAGUUGAAUGAAGCGUUAAUAAACAUGCCGAACAUUUCAGCUGACGACAAAACGCUGUCCGCACCGAUUGAGCUACUUUUGUAAUGUUUUCAUUUGAACUUCAACUCGGCUGUUUGAUAAUGACAUCAUGAGUUAAGCGAGAGUUUGUUUGGUCUUCUGUGCAGUUUAUCCGGCGUAGAUUAUUCCUAAAUUUUAUCACAAAGGGAAAUAGAGAAACUCCACACAAUGUUUGGGUUAUUUUCCUUUUCUGAUAACAUUCAGAAAUACAAACAUUGAUUGACAGUUACCUUCAUUUUUUUUUUGUCAGACGCACUCCACUCCUGUUUCUUGUAAUUUAUUUCCAGUUUAAUUGUCACAUGUACAUUAAUGCUCAUCUAAACACGACCCAACUAUACGCCGGCCCAUGAUGCUCUUCUCCUGAAACAUUCCACCUCCAUCACCGGAGAACCAAACCAUCGUCGCCCAGGACGAUCCCAGCGUCCUCUGAACCCCCCCUCCCCCGGCAUUCGACUUUCAACACAUUUUGUCUUCGCUGUUUAACCUGAAAUUGCUGAACAAGCUUUGUUUUGGGCAGAAAAGCUCCUAUAAAGUAUAAAACACUUUUUUUCUCUUCCCUGCUCAGGCUGUAAAUCCUCACGUUGUCACAGUGAGACAAAUCAGCAAAACAUGACUCGACCGCCUGAUUCCCUGGUGUGAAAUGCUCCCUCUCUGCUUCAGAUAGUAAAUUGAAUGAAUGAAUUUAUUUAGUAAACUAUUAACAAGUACACAUACAGGAGGUUUAAAA